AUGGGCUUUUUUAAAUUGAUUCGUGCUGGUAGAUUAAAAUAUAAAAGAUUACAGCUAUCACAUAUAGCUUAUAUUAGUAAUCUGACAGACGCUGUAGGUGGAUCAACUCCCUCUCAGGUUGCAGAUGUACUUAAAAAACGUGAAAAGGUUGCAGAAGAAGAAUAUAUUAAAAAACGAGAAAUUGACAAAAUAAAGAGUAGGAAAGGGAGUACAGAUGAGAAAGAUAAAGAGAAUCCUUCUCAUUAG